CUUUGCUGUUCUUCUUCCCUUUGCCCUUGCAGAUCGGUGUCAAUUUUUGUAUCCGCACCCGGUGCGGACGGGAUGUAUGCCGUGUCCGAGUAACAGGUGUUGAGGAUUUCUGGAUUUGUACCAGAAUUCCAAAGUGGAUUGAUAUACAAGGAUUAGGUUUGCAGAAUUACUAGAAGCAUCUCUUUGUUUGGGUUCCAUGCAAUUGGCCCGGGCUACUAAAUUUGAUAUUUUCUUUGAGGGCAUCAAUCCUUCUUUGAAAUGAUUACUACUCGACGUAUGUGAUUUUUCUGAAACUUCGAAGGAUUGCAUGCUCGUCAUUUGACAUCCCAAGGAUGGGUGUUUAUUAGUUUGACGAUUCAAUGCAAAAAGGUUGGCUAUGUGGGUUAGUUCUUUAUUGACACUGGCAUAAUCAUACCUUUGUGCAUGAAUUACAGGAUAGAUAUCCAAACAACCUUCAUUCAAAAGUCAAAAGUGUGAGAUCAACGAGAACCUUGCAGGGAAUACUGGUGCAAUCUGCAAUGGAUCCUGGGCGUUAUGGUCGGCAACAAGGAUGGGAUACUAACAGCGCCUUAGAGGGGUAUGGUCCUGCCCAUGAGCAAGAUUUCAGGUCUGGUGGAUCCUAUGGUGGUGGUAGGAGGUUCUUAUCAGAUGGAUUCCCCAGGGAUUCUGGUUAUCCAAGGAACUCCUUCCAUCAUGACAUGCUUGAUAGGGAUAUUUAUCCACCACCACAUGUUCCUGGUGUCUGGUCUCAUCCUAGAAGAAAUUUUGAUGAAGAAUAUGCACUCAUCAGGGAUUCAAGAAGGAAUGUUGAGCCAUAUCAUGAUGUGGAUAAUUUUGGUGAUCCAACAAGUUAUCGUGAAGCCAAUUCUUUUCAUGAUGUUGAUAAGUUUCGUGAUAGGUAUCGUAGCAUGGAAAGAUACAAUGAUGCUGAUAGUUAUCACGAUUAUAGAUAUGAUAAACAUGGUAGGUUUGGGGAUAGGGACCGAGAAGAAGUCUGCAAUGACUAUGAAGUGAGGCAUCAUACGUCUCAUCGAAAUAGGGAAGAUUCUCGAGAUAGAGAUUUUGAUUAUGAUCGGUAUAACUAUGAUUCUGACCAUGAAAGAAGCAAAGGGGAAGGUAGUUGGCGAAGACGUGGAUCUCAUGAUCGUGAUCAUGAAAAGAGGGGUUUAAGCAGGGAAAAAGAUCAAAGCCCAUACAAACAGCGUGAGCGCUCCCGUUCCCGAGGCUUUGAUGAUCGGUCUAGAUCAAGAUCUCCUCGAAGUAGAAGUCGUAGAAGUCAUAGAGAGGAUAGCUAUGAUGAUGUGCGGUAUGAUAGAAAUGAUAGGCGGUGGGAUUAUGAUCAUGAUGAAAAACGAUAUAACGACUCUUUUGUGGCUCCAUCUGCUACAAUUAUUGUGAAGGGUCUAUCGCAAAAGACAACUGAAGAAGAUUUAUAUCAAAUUCUUGCUGAAUGGGGACCACUUCGUCAUGUACGCGUUAUUAAAGAGAGAAAUUCUGGAGUCUCUCGUGGUUUUGCUUUUAUUGACUUCCCUGACAUGGAUGCUGCACGUAAGAUGAUGGAUGGCAUGGGAGAUAAUGGUCUAGUAAUUGAUGGAAGGAAGCUCUUCUUUGAGUAUAGUAGUAAGCCAACUGGUGGGACUGGUGCACCUUCUUCAGGACAGGAAAACAUGGUUAAAUCAAGUCAGGGGCAUGGGAAAAACAUUACUGCACCAUGUGAUUGGAUGUGCCUCAUCUGCGGCUGUUUAAAUUUUGCACGGAGAACAUCCUGUUUCCAGUGCAAUGAGGCACGUACCAAUGAUGCUCCUCCAGCUGAUGUAGCAAGCACCUAUCCAGCACCAUCAGGGAAGAGGGGUUCAGAUCUAGGUCCUACUCAUGUUUUAGUUGUACGGGGGUUAGAUGAAAAUGCAGAUGAAGAAAUUCUUCGCUAUGAAUUUGCCAAACAUGCUCCUAUUAAGGAUCUUCGCCUUGUCAGAGAUAAAUUCACCCAUGUGUCUCGGGGAUUUGCUUUUGUGCAUUUUCACUCGGUUGAAGAUGCAACUAAAGCUCUUGAAGCGACAAAUGGAACAACCCUGGAGAAGAACGGUCAACUCUUACGUGUAGCAUAUGCCAAAAGUAUUCAUGGACCUGGAUCAGGAGUUCCACAAUCAAGCAGUCUUGCAGCAGCUGCUAUUGAGGCGGCGACAUUUGCUCAACAGUAUGAUGCUGUUGGCUGGGCACCGAAGGAGUACAAACCAGAUCAGAAACAAUCUACAUCUGGGUAUGUGCAAGGUAAUACAGAAGCUCAGAAAGGUGGUUCUGCACCACAAUCUGGUUUUGUGUGGGAUGAGAAAUCUGGCUAUUAUUAUGAUGCUGCCUCUGGCUUCUAUUAUGAUGGAAAUACUGGUCUUUACUAUGAUGGGAACAAUGGGGUUUGGUAUUCUUUUGAUAAUCAAACUCAGCAGUAUGUACCUUGUAACGAGCAGAGUAAUAACAAGGCAGCUGGAGAUGCGACUGAUGAAACUUCAAAGAUAGCAGACGGAACCACAAGCAAAAAAGUAGUGAUAUCUGCACCUACAACUACUGUGAAAUCAAGUGUAAAAGCUUCAUUGCCAGAUGCAGUUCAGGCUGCUGCAACAGCAGCUUUAGCAGCAGAGAAGAAAGAAAAAGAAAAAUCUAGAGAGAUAAAGUUGGCAUCCAAAACUAGCCUUUUAGCAAAUAAGAAGAAGAUGAAUAAUGUUCUGGCAAUGUGGAAGCAAAGAAACCAUGAGGGGCAGGCUGCACGUGUAGUUCUUGAUGAUAAGGAGCCAUCAAAUUUGACCAGUGAUAAAUCAAACAGUACUUACUUUGCACCUGGAGCAUCAACUACAAAAAACAAGAUAAAAAUUGAUUCUGCAAAUUUGAAUAGCUCAACUUUUGCAUCUUCAUCUACUAGCCGUGGGGCUGUUCAGGUUAUCACUUCUGAAGCACUGGACACUGAUUCACAGAUUAAGCCAAGACCCAUCAGUAGUUCGGGGGGCACAAUCAUGGGUGUUAUUAGAGGUUCAGGAAAAGGCAUUAUAAAGUCUGAUUCAACUUUUCCUGUCUCUGGCACUGGAGGUACAUCACUAACUACUGCAACGGCAUACCCAACAGAAGCAAAAUCUGCUACCACACCCUUCAAGACUGAUGCAUCAGCACUAGGUUCAUAUGCAUCAUCUUCAUCUGCUGGACGUGGUAAACGCAGGUUUUCGGAGGCACCAGUGCAAUUGACUUCCAGAGAUCAACCUCAGACAACUUAUAGAGAUAGAGCAGCUGAAAGAAGAAAUCUUUAUGGUUCGUCAACUUCGAUAGGGGAUGAUUCGUUAGACAUGGGAUAUGGGGAUCCAAACUGUGAUAACCCGUUUCGAAAGGGUUCUUUGUCGGUAACGGGGGCAAUGCCCUUUCCCCCUGGAGUUGGGGGACUGACUGCUGGUGAUACAAGCGAUAUUGAGAAUUAUGAAGUGAUUACCUCUGAUCGAGCCCUUGAUGAAAACAAUGUGGGAAACCGGAUGCUUCGCAAUAUGGGUUGGCAAGAAGGACUGGUACCUCACUUUCUCUUGCCUAAUUUUAUUCUGUAUUUUAUCAUCUCACGAGCUAUGUAUUGCUUGGCACUUCUGUGUUGGAAGUAUAAGAUAUAUUCCCCAUUUAAGGGUCAAUUCCAUCAUACUCCCCAGAUAGCUUUUCACCUAUCCGUUAAAGUUAAUAUGAAAUUGUGGGAUUUACCAACUUAUGCAUAUAGAUGAAUAUAGGUGCAGUUCUAUGUUUUCUUCACCAUAGUUGUGAUACAGAACAGUAGAUAAAUUUGAAAGUUUCAUGUUCUAGGCAUCUCAAUUAGUUGUUAGUUCAAUUUAUAAUCAGGACAAAAAUGUUAUCCUAUAGGAAAGAUAGUUUCUGUCCAUAAUCUAACUUAAGCUGAGAUGGCCACUCACGGAAAGUUCUCCAUGCAGUGAGGAUAUUUUGUAUUUGGAACUAUGGUUGUUUGGCUCUGACAUCAGUUUUGGUGGUUGUGUUUCUUGUUCCUUCUUGUUUACUUAUGAGCAACCAGGGACUCGGCAAAGACGGAAGUGGCAUCAAGGAACCUGUCCAGGCAAAAGCUGUGGAUGAUAGGUCAGGGCUUGGAAACCAGCAGAGGAAAACAGACCCUUCGCUGGAGGCACAAGCUGGAGAUAGUUAUCGAACCAUCAUUCAGAAGAAAGCUAUUGCAAGAUUCAGAGAGAUGGCAUAGUGAUUGCAAAAAGCAAUGAUUGGCCAAUAUGAAUUCCGCUUUUUUUUUUU